AUGGGCAAACUCUUGGUGAUAAUGCUAGUUUGUAUGUUUAUGGCUUUCCAAAGCUUGGAAGCUCUUGAUUAUGGAGAUGCACUAAACAAGUCCAUCUUGUUCUUCGAAGGCCAACGAUCCGGUAAACUACCAGUGAACCAACGUGUCACAUGGCGAGCCGAUUCUGCCCUCUCUGACGGUCAACCGGAUAAUGUGAAUUUGACUGGAGGGUACUAUGAUGCUGGUGACAAUUCCUCUAUCAAAUGGGGAACCGAUUUUAUCCUCCGUGCUCAUACUUCUCCCACCACGCUAUAUACACAGGUUGGAGAUGGAAAUUCAGAUCAUAGUUGUUGGCAGAGGCCAGAAGAUAUGGACACACUUAGAACUCUCUACAAGAUAACUUCUUCUUCCCCUGGCUCUGAAGCCGCCGGUGAAGCCGCAGCCGCGCUUGCCUCUGCCUCACUUGUUUUCAAGUCUAUCGACUCUAAUUAUUCAACCAAUCUACUAAACCAUGCUAAAACCCUAUUUGACUUUGCUGAUCAGUUCAGAGGUUCUUAUCAAGCAUCUUGCCCUUUCUACUGCUCCUACUCAAGCUACAGGGACGAGUUAUUAUGGGCUGCGGCUUGGCUAUACAAAGCAACAGGAGAAAGUAAAUACUUAAGUUAUGUCAUAAGCAAUCGAGAUUGGAGCCAAGCCGUGAAUGAAUUCAGCUGGGACAAUAAAUUCGCCGGAGCUCAGGCUUUACUCGCAUCGGUUAGUAAUAUAGAGUUUUACAAAGGGAAAACUGACUUGGGAAAAUAUAAGAGUGAUGUUGAGUCAUUCAUCUGUGCAUUGAUGCCUGGAAGUAGCUCUCAGCAAAUUAAGCGAACUCCUGGUGGACUUUUGUUUACUAGAGACAAUAUCAACUUACAAUAUGUAACAACGGCAAUAACGGUUUUGUUUCAGUACUCAAAAACUCUAACUCAAGCCCAAGUCGGUUCAAUCCAGUGCGGGUCAACCAAGUUCACAGUAUCUCAAAUUCAGAAUUUCUCUAAAUCACAGGUGGAUUAUAUCCUUGGAAACAAUCCAAUGAAAACGUCUUACAUGGUCGGAUUCGGGAGCAAGUACCCAACACAGCUUCAUCAUAGAGGCUCAUCUUUACCGUCUAUCAAAUCUAAACCGGAGAAAAUAACCUGCGGUGGAGGAUUUUCAUACUACAAUUCUGCUCAACCAAACCCGAAUGUCCAUAUCGGGGCAAUUGUGGGCGGACCGAAUGCAACAGACUAUUUUAGCGACAAAAGAUCAGAUUACUCCCAUACAGAGCCCACAACUUACCUCAACGCCGGCGUUAUUGGACCUUUAGCUGCUCUGAUUGGCCUGAACUCUAGCUAG